AAUAUUAAAAUGAAAAUGAAAAUGAAAAUGAAAAUUGUGUUGGCUUUGUUGGUAUGUUUGGGAAGCGUUGUGAAUGGCGAGGAUCCUUAUUUGUAUUACACAUGGAAUAUCACCUACGGCACUCUCUCCCCUCUGGGUGUCCCUCAGCAAGUCAUUCUCAUCAAUAAUCAGUUUCCCGGGCCAACCAUUAAUUCUACAAGCAACAACAACGUUGUUGUUAAUGUCUUCAAUCACAUCGACGAGCCCUUCCUUCUCACAUGGAGCGGCAUCCAGCAAAGGAAAAACUCAUGGCAGGAAGGAAUGGCAGGAACAAACUGCCCCAUUCCCGCCGGGACCAACUACACCUAUCAUUUCCAAGUGAAGGACCAAAUUGGCAGCUUCUUCUACUACCCGAGCACCAGCAUGCACAGAGCAUCCGGUGCUUUUGGCGGCCUCCACAUCAACAGUCGUUUGCUCAUCCCUGUCCCUUACCCUGAUCCAGAGGACGACUACACUGUCAUCGUCAAUGACUGGUACACCAAAAGCCACAAAUCUCUUCGCAGUUUCCUAGACGCCGGACGCAGCCUUGGCAGACCUGACGGUGUCCUCAUCAAUGGCAAAAAUGCCAAGGGAGACGCAACCGACCAACCUCUCUUCACCAUGAAGCCAGGUAAAACUUACAAGUACAGGGUUUGCAAUGCCGGGAUGAAGACCUCCCUCAACUUCAGGAUCCAAGGCCACCCAAUAAAGCUAGUGGAGAUGGAGGGAUCCCAUGUAGUGCAGAAUGAGUACGAGUCCCUGGAUGUGCAUGUGGGUCAAUGCUUUAGCGUGCUUGUGACAGCCAACCAGGAACCUAAGGACUACUACAUGGUGGCUUCCACUCGAUUCAUGAAGACGGUCCUUACUGCUAAGGGCAUCAUUCGUUACACCAAUGGAAAGGGACCAGCAUCUCCCGAGCUCCCGGAGGCACCCGUUGGCUGGGCUUGGUCCCUCAAUCAAUUCCGCUCCUUCCGCUGGAAUCUCACGGCCAGUGCAGCCAGGCCCAACCCUCAGGGUUCAUACCAUUAUGGAUCCAUCAACAUCACGCGCACUAUCAAAAUUGUUAACUCGGCCAGCAGAGCAGGAGGCAAGCUUCGGUAUGCCAUCAACGGGGUUUCUCACACCGAUCCAGAGACCCCUCUCAAGCUGGCUGAGUACUAUGGAAUAGCAGAUAAGGUGUUUAAGUACGACACUAUCAAGGAUGAUCCGACGACUGCUAAGAUUAGUGAGGUUGUCACGCAUCCUAAUGUCCUUAAUAUGACAUUCCGUAACUUUGUGGAGAUCAUCUUUGAGAAUCCAGAGAAGAGCAUCCAGUCUUGGCACUUGGAUGGCUAUUCAUUUUUUGCAGUAGCCGUGGAGCCAGGCACAUGGAACCCCGAGAAGAGGAAGAAUUACAAUCUUCUUGAUGCAGUGAGCAGGACGACAGUUCAGGUGUUCCCCAAGUCAUGGGCAGCCAUCUUUUUGACGUUCGACAAUGCCGGAAUGUGGAACCUGAGGUCUGAGAUAUGGGAGAGAACUUAUCUGGGCCAACAACUCUAUGCAAGUGUUCUUUCCCCAGCUCGCUCACUUAGGGACGAAUACAAUAUCCCAGACAAUGCUUUGCUAUGUGGUCUUGUUAAAGACUUACCAAAGCCUCCGCCUUACAGCGUCUAAUUAUGAUACUCGUAGCUCACACCUCGGGGGAAACUGUAUGUCCAUACCCACUAGAUGAUGCCGCUCAAUCAUUUACAAGGAUUCAUUAUUUGUUUCCUUUCAAACUGCCAUCACAUUUUUGUUUCUUCAUAUGUAAUUUCUAUUUAAAUCAAAUUCACCACUCCCUUAUUUCA